AUGAACCUACACUCACGGGGAGGCCUCCUGCUGCAGCAAGCAGCACCUCUGCAGCAGCAGCAGCAGCAGCAGCAGCAGUUGAGGCAUAUGGAGAAGCAAGGACAGCCGCCACUGCAGCAGCAUCUGCUGCUGCAGCAGCAGCAAAUCCCCGAGACUUUAGCAGCUGCAAACGAGGCCUUCAUGUUUGUGGUGUACAUACACUGCAUCAAGGGCGUCAAAGGGGAAGCAGCAGCAGCAAACGGAGCAGCAGCAGCAGCAGCAGCAGCAGGCCCUCGCGUUGCAGUCGAAUGGACAGCGCAAUCUGGUGAGGCCGCCCUACACAUGCAGCAGCAGCAGCAGCAGCAGCAGCGGUAG